UUUUGCAUGUUGUCUUUCACAACAUAGCUCACAAUUUCUUGGGGUGCUAUUGUGACAAGUUCUUUUGUCAAUUUUUUAAAAGGUUUGUAUUACUAUUGAAUUAGAAAAUGGCAAUUGAGCAGCAUAAGGAUGUUGAGAGUGGAGAAGCCAAUGUGAUUCAGUAUUUGCAUGAACCUUUAAUUCAACAAGGGGAAGAUGCAUGUAAAGAAGUUCAUGAUUCAGAUAAAAGUGUGGAAAAUGGAUCCAUUGGAAUGGUUCUGCUUAGCACAUUUGUUGCUGUUUGUGGUUCUUUUUCAUUUGGAACUUGUGUGGGUUAUUCAGCACCAACUCAAGCGGCUAUAAGAGCAGAUCUUAAUCUAUCUCUUGCUGAGUUUUCAAUGUUUGGUUCUUUGGUGACCAUUGGUGCAAUGCUUGGAGCUGUAACAAGUGGUCGAGUUACUGAUUUCAUUGGCAGAAAAGGGGCUAUGAGAGUUUCAACAGGAUUUUGCAUUAUAGGAUGGUUAGCUGUCUUCUUCUCUAAGGAUUCUUACUCACUUGACUUGGGAAGGUUUUGUACAGGAUAUGGAAUUGGAGUAAUCUCAUACGUGGUUCCAGUAUAUAUAGCAGAAAUAGCACCAAAAAAUCUUAGAGGAGGACUUGCAACAACAAAUCAGCUUAUGAUUGUCAUUGGAUCAUCAAUGUCAUUUUUAGUAGGAAGUGUCAUAAAUUGGAGAGAACUAGCACUAGCUGGAUUAGUGCCUUGCAUUUGCUUGCUGCUUGGUCUGUUCUUCAUUCCUGAAUCUCCUAGAUGGCUGGCAAAGGUUGGUCGCGAAAAAGAGUUUCAACUAGCUUUAAGGAAACUUCGGGGUAAAAAUGUUGAUAUUUCUCAUGAAGCUUCUGAAAUUCUGGAUUAUAUUGAAACUCUUCAAAGCCUUCCUAAGUCUAAGAUGUUGGAUUUGUUCCAAAGCAAAUAUGUGCGCUCUGUAGUUAUUGGGGUUGGACUAAUGGCAUUUCAACAAUCUGUUGGAAUUAAUGGCAUAGGAUUCUAUACAGCUGAGACUUUUGUCGCAGCCGGCCUUUCUUCACCAAAAGCUGGUACCAUAGCUUAUGCUUGUAUACAGGUUCCAUUUACCAUGUUGGGAGCUAUAUUGAUGGAUAAGUCUGGAAGAAAACCUCUUAUAACAGUUUCUGCAAGUGGAACAUUCUUAGGUUGCUUUAUUACAGGAAUUGCCUUCUUUCUCAAGAAUCAAAGCUUAUUGCUUGAGUGGGUGCCAACAUUAGCAGUUGCAGGCGUGUUGAUCUACAUAGCAGCAUUCUCAAUUGGGUUGGGAUCAGUUCCUUGGGUGAUGAUGUCUGAGGUGUUUCACAUAAAUGUGAAGGGAAGUGGUGGAAGUUUGGUGGUUUUGGUAGCUUGGCUAGGAGCUUGGGUGGUUUCAUAUACUUUCAAUUUCCUUAUGAGCUGGAGUUCCCCUAGUACUAUGUUUUUGUAUGCUGGAUGUUCUCUUUUGACCAUUCUAUUUGUAGCAAAAGUAGUCCCAGAAACCAAAGGAAAAACAUUGGAAGAAAUCCAAGCUUACAUUAGUUCUUAGAGAAUGAGCAAAGAAGACUAGGACAUUGUCCAAAUAUUGCCAUCAUUUAUCAAAUUAGUAAUUGAUAGUGUGUAAAACAACAACUAUGUAUUAAUUUUUUGGGCCAAAUUACUCCAUCUAUUCAUUAUUUCUCUGAAUUUUAUCAUACUCAUAAAAUGGUCAAACGAAUCCUUUAUUCAAUUGAACCAAAUCAGAACCUCAUAUAUUAUGAUCAUUCUGUUUUAGUUAA